GUCCGUCCGGGAGGAGGACCCGUCGGCUCCAACCUGGACGGAGGCAUGCAGGCUGCGGGCUGAGCCGCCGAGCGCCGGCCGGGGCUCCCUCCCUCGAGGCUGGGCGCCUGCCCUCAGCCCCGACCUCUCCUGUCUGGAGCGUCUGGAGCGGCUCCUCGCCAUCCCCGCCCGCCGCGCCCGUCUCUGCGCCGCGGUGUCCAUCCCGGAGACGCUCAGGUCCGCAGACGGAAGACCACGCGCCGACCCUCGCGGCUCCCCACGCAGCACAGAAGCGGGUUCCGUCUCCUCUUCCAAGAACCCGGGACAACGUCCCUCUCCCAGGGACGCGGGGGGAGCGGGGCGCCAUGAGGGAGCCGCCGCGUCCGCGUCCCCGCUGGCCCUCCUGGCUGCUGAUACUUUGCUGCAGUUUCCAGGUGCGCCCGGCCCUGUCCAGCUUGCAGGCCCAUCCAGGGUUCAAGGUCUUGCUCACCGCCUCCCACUACUGGCCCCUGGAGCACGUGGACGGGAUCCAUGAGCUGCAGGAAACGGCUGGAGCAUGGCGAGCACGCAACCUCACCGUGCCCCCUUCCCAUAACGCUACCUUUGUGCCCACCAAUGACUCUGCCUACUCAAAUGCCUCCGCGACCGUAGACCUCGUGGAGGGCAAGGUGAGCAAGGGUAUCUACCUGCGGGAGCAGAAGGGCGUCUCGCUGCUCCUCCACGGGCGCUACAAGGCCUCCUGCCUCAGCAGCCCCGCCCAGUGCGGCCCCGAAGGGGUCACCUUUUCCUUCUUCUGGAAGACACACGGGGAGCAGGCCCGGCCCCGGCCCUCGGCCUACGGGGGGCAGGUCAUCUCCGACGGGUUCAAGGUCUGCGCCAGCGGCGGCCGGGGCUCCGUGGAGCUGUACACGCCCGACAGCUCCCGCACGUGGGAGGCCACCUUCAGCCCGCCAGGGCCCCACUGGACCCACGUCCUGUUCACCUGGAAGCCGGAGGAGGGCCUGAAGGUCUACGUCAACGGCUCCCUGAGCACCUGGGACGCCCGCGGGAAGGCGUCUCCCGCCUACGGGGAGCCCAGCGCCAGCCUGGUCCUCGGCUCCGAGCAGGACCAGGCCCGGCGCUACGAGAACGGGGCGUUCGACGAGUUCGUCAUCUGGGAGCGGGCGCUGACCCCCGAGGAGGUCGCCAUGUACUUCACCGCGGCCGUCGGGAGGCACGUCUGGCUGUCCACACCCCCGAGCCUCCUCGCGACGCCCCCGGCCAGCACCCUGGUGCCCCCCAACGCCUACCGCCCCGUCAUCACCCGCCUGACGGAGCAGAGGGGGCGCUCCCCGAGCCCGGGCGUCGUCCUGAGUUCCCUCCAGAACCUGUCGCUCAGCCUGCCCGCCAGGGCCCUGUCCGCGGACACCGCGCGGAACCUCACGGAGACUUUCCUGAAGACGGUGGGGGAGGUGCUGCUGCCCAGCUGGACGUCCGUGUCCGAGGACAACGCCGUGGUGCUGGGCCUGAUCGAGACCGUGGACGUGGUCAUGAGCCACAUCUCCUCCAACCUGCAGGCCAGCGAGCCGCAGGUCGCCAUCGCCGGCUCCUCCUCCGUGGCAGAGUUCUCCGUGGCCAAGCUCCUGCCCACGGCCUUGAACUCCUCCCACUACCGCUUCCCGGCCCAGGGCCACAGCUACAUCGAGAUCCCCCAGGAGGCCUUCACCAGCCACGCCUGGACCACCAUCGUGGGGCUGCUCUACCACACGAUGCACCGUUACCUGAGCAACAUCCGGCCGGACCGCACCCGGAUCGCGGAGGCCGCGGCGUACGGGAGCUGCCCGCUGUCGGCCGCCAGCUACCUCAUCUCCCUGGAGGUGGUGCCGCCGCCCACGCUCUCCCAGAACCUCUCGGGCUCCCCGCUGACCACCAUCCGGCUCAGGCACAAGCUGACGAGCAGGCAGCACCGCGAGGCCACCAACGCGACGAACCGCGUGUUCCUGUACUGCGCCUUCCUGGACUUCAGCUCCGGGCACGGCGUCUGGUCCAACGAGGGCUGCGUCCUGGUGGAGGGGAACCUGGGCUACUCCGUCUGCCGCUGCACGCACCUCACCAACUUCGCCAUCCUCAUGCAGGUGGUGCCGCUGGAGCUCACGCGCGGACACCAGGUGGCGCUCUCGUCCAUCAGUUACAUCGGCUGCUCCCUGUCGGUGCUCUGCCUGGCCGUCACCCUGGCCACCUUCGCGAUGCUCUCCUCGGUCAGCACCAUCCGGAACCAGCGCUACCACAUCCACGCCAACCUGUCCUUCGCCGUCCUGGUGGCCCAGGUCCUGCUGCUCGUCAGCUUCCACUGCCAGCCGGGCACAGUCCCGUGCCAGGUGCUGGCCAUGCUGCUGCACUACUUCUUCCUGAGCGCCUUCGCCUGGAUGCUGGUGGAAGGGCUGCACCUCUACAGCAUGGUCAUCCGGGUCUUCGGCUCCGAGGACAGCAAGCACCGCUACUACUACGGGAUCGGCUGGGGGUCCCCGCUGCUGAUCUGCGUCAUCUCCAUCUCCUGUGCCCUGGACAGUUACGGGACCACCAACAACUGCUGGCUGUCCCUGCACAGCGGAGCCAUCUGGGCCUUCGUGGCCCCUGCCCUGCUGGUCAUCCUGGUGAACAUCGGCAUCCUCGUCGCCGUCACCAGGGUCAUUUCCCAGAUCAGCGCCGACAACUACAAGGUCCACGGGGACCCCAGCGCCUUCAAGUUGACGGCGAAGGCCGUGGCCGUGCUGCUGCCCAUCCUGGGCACCUCCUGGGUCUUCGGGGUGCUGGCCGUCAACAACCAGGCCGUGGCCUUCCAGUACGCGUUCGCCAUCCUCAACUCCCUGCAGGGCUUCUUCAUCUUCCUCUUCCACUGUCUCCUGAAUUCCGAGGUGAGAGCCGCCUUCAAGCAUAAAACCAAGGUCUGGUCCCUCACGAGCAGCUCCAGCCGCAACGCCAACCCGAAGCCCUCCAGCUCCGACGUGAUGAACGGGACCCGGCCGGGCACAGCCUCCUCCAAGCUCAGCCCCUGGGACAAGAGCAGCCAGUCCGCCCACCACACGGACCUGUCCCCCGUGUGAGCCGAGGCCACGCAGCACCGGGCCGGCCCGCCACUCAGAGCACCGCCCCCGACAGCACGCGAGACGCACCCCGCCUCUGCCCGCGGGACCCGCUCCUCAUCGCCGUCCGGCCGCGGGGUCCCCGUGACAGCAGGCCACCACUCCGCCCGCAGCCUGUUCACAGCGAGGGCGGACCCCCCGGCUCGGCCCCCCCAUGGCCGAGUGACAGCCCUGGGGGCGCCCCGGAACCCGGCGGCCUGCUGACCUGCACCCUGGGCCUCCCCGCGGACCUGUGACUGAGCUCGAGGCCCAGCGGCCCAGCACAGGAGGCGGCUGAGCGUCUGCUCCGGGAAGGGGACUCGGACCACGGAGCCGGGUCCUGCUGGGGGUUCAGGCCCCCACGCAGCCCCAGAGGGUCGGGCCGAGGCAGAUGGGUGCGUGGGAGAGAGCGAGGAAUGUCAACCUGCUGAACCCACCCAAGAACCGGCUCCCUACGCCCCUCCGUGCGGCGACGUAGGUGGGAGGCCUGUGCUGGGUCCUCGCUGACGCCCAGGCCGCGGCUGACACGCUGGCCGCUGAGUUCCCGGGGCUUCGGGCCACGGCUGCUCCUCAAACCGCCCCUCACGGGCGCGGACGCUUUAGACUCGACGUCGGCCUCCGAUCUCCCCCUUUCCGACGCUUCCCUCCCGUUCGCCGUGGGCGCCCACCAGGGCCCCGUCCGGAUGUUUUCCGAGGCCUGACUUCCCCAUGCCGCUCGCCACGGCUUCCCGUCGCUCACGCCCAGUCGCCCUGCCCGGGCACCCCGGCUGCUUCCUGUCGCCAAGAAGGCUGGA